CUGGCCGCGCGGAGGCUGACCCGGAGCCUACCCAUGAGGCAGCGCGCCGGCUCCACGAGAACCCCUCACCCCCCUUCCCGCGGCUCAACUGCCAACUCCGCAAUGGGAGCUGCCGCCGCCGCCGCCGCCGCCGCCGCCGCCGCCGUCGCCGCCGUGUAGUGUUUGGUGCUCCUCCUUUUCCUCCUCCUCUUUCUCCUCCUCCUCAGAGCCCCAGUCAGGCCGAUCCGCUCCGCUCACGGAAGGAAAACUGAGAUAUAACUUGCUGCUUUAUUUUGGAGUCACAUGUACUUAGGUGACAAUUUACAGAAAGCCAACUCUGCAACUUGAUGGGCGACAACCCUUUUCAACCAAAAAAUAAUUCAAAAAUGGCAGAACUCUUUAUGGAAUGUGAAGAGGAGGAAUUGGAACCAUGGCAGAAGAAAGUGAAAGAGGUUGAGGAGGAUGAUGAUGAGCCCAUCUUUGUUGGAGAGAUACCAGGUUCCAAACCAGCAAUUUCCAAUAUUUUGAAUAGAGUAAACCCCAGCUCAUAUUCAAGGGGAAUAAAGAAUGGUGCACUCAGUCGAGGUAUUACUGCUGCAUUCAAGCCUACAAAUCAACACUACACGAACCCAACAUCAAAUCCAGUGGCUGCCUCACCAGUAAAUUUUCAUCCUGAAUCUAGAUCUUCAGAUAGUUCUGUUAUUGUUCAGCCUUUGUCCAAACCUGAUUAUAUAACAAACUCAUCACGAGUUGUAUCUAAUAAUUCUUCAGAGUUACUAUUUGACUUGACCCAGGAUACAGGAUUAUCCCAUUACCAAGGGGGAUCAACACUUUCUAUAGCAGGUGUGAAUGAAAGUUCAUUUUUAUCAAAACGUCCUUCUACUUCUGAUGUAAACAGUGCUAAUCCAAAAAAGCCUAAGCCCAGUGACGGUGUUUCUGAGACGAAAUCCUCAGCUGUCUUUCCUUCAGUUAAAACUCUUUCAGUGACAUCUUCCCAGGCUGUGCCAUCAAAAGGUGCAAAUACCUCAUCGAAUCAAUCUAAAAAUGGAACUCCUUUUCCAAGAGCUUGUCCAAAGUGCAAUAUUCAUUUUAAUCUUUUGGAUCCUUUGAAAAAUCACAUGAAGUACUGUUGUCCAGACUUGAUAAAUAACUUUAUGGGACUGGCCAAAAUAGAAUUUUCAAGUACAGCAAAUAAAAAUAAGACUACUGAUUCAGAGAAAGGAAAAUUAAUCAUGUUAGUUAAUGACUUUUAUUAUGGAAAACAUGGAGGAGAUGUCAAGGAAGAACAGAAGACUCAUACAACCUUUAAAUGCUUCAGUUGCUUGAAAAUUCUUAAAAAUAAUAUUAGGUUUAUGAACCACAUGAAACACCAUUUGGAACUUGAGAAGCAGAGCAGUGAGAGUUGGGAAAACCACACCACCUGCCAGCACUGCUAUCGUCAGUUUCCCACACCAUUUCAACUGCAGUGUCACAUUGAAAGCACACACACACCCCAUGAGUUCUCUACCAUUUGCAAAAUAUGUGAAUUAUCAUUUGAAACAGAGCAUAUUCUUUUACAACAUAUGAAGGACAAUCAUAAACCCGGUGAAAUGCCAUAUAUUUGCCAGGUAUGCAAUUAUAGAUCAUCAUCAUUUUCUGAUGUAGAAACUCAUUUUAGAACCUCCCAUGAAAACACUAAGAACUUGCUAUGUCCCUUUUGCCUCAAAGUUAUUAAAAUUGCAACACCCUAUAUGCAUCAUUAUAUGAAGCAUCAGAAAAAAGGAAUACAUCGUUGUACAAAAUGCAGGCUGCAAUUUUUGACAUGCAAAGAGAAAAUGGAUCACAAAAGUCAGCAUCAUCGAACAUUUAUAAAACCUAAACAGCUAGAAGGAUUGCCUCCUGGAACAAAAGUUACUAUUCGAGCUUCAGUUGGACCUCUUCAGUCAGGAUCUUCAACUACACCUUCCAUUAGUGCAAGCACUUCUACUCUUCAGCUCUCACCUCCAAGGACUAAAAAUAUAACUGCUAAAAAUCCCACAAAAUCUAACACAAGUAAACCUAAUAUAAUUAAAUCCAAUGCAAGUAAACCUAAUGCAAGUAAGCCUAAUGGAAGCAAAUCUAAAUACAAAUCAAAAAUCUCUAAAAUGCAAAAGAAACAAAGCACAUUGGCUAGUAGCAAAAAAAAAAGUAAAGUCAAUACAGCAUUGAGGAACUUAAGGUAUCGUCGGGGAGUUCAAAAGUGCAUUGAGUGUUGUUCGGAAAUAAAAGAUUUUGCAAACCACUUUCCUACAUAUGUUCACUGUAGUUUUUGCAGAUACAACACUAGCUGUAGCAAAGCCUAUGUAAAUCAUAUGAUGAGCUUUCAUAGUAACCGUCCAAGUAAAAGGUUUUGUAUUUUUAAGAAGCAUUCAGAAGAUUUCAGGGGCAUUACUGUAGUGUGUCUUAAUUGUGAUUUCCUAACUGAUGUUUCUGGCUUAGAUAAUAUGGCUACACACUUAAGUCAACAUGAAACUCAUAGCUGCCAAAUUGUAAUAGAGAAAGUUUCUGUUUGUAUCCCAACUUCUGAACAUCUUUCUGAAUGCAGAAGCAGCCCAGAGAUUUCAAAAAAUGUCCAGGGUACACCUGGGCAGUGUCCCCCUUCGAUGGACACAACUGAUGCUUGUUCUCUCUUUCCAAGGAAUGUGAAUAUUUUGACUGUGGGACUGGCACUAGGUUGUAGUCUCAAGAAAUCAGAUCUUGGGGAGACUCCCUUCCUUCAUGGCUGGCCUCCCAUAGGGCUGAUGCUGAUUUAGCCAGAGAUGGUCUCAAGCCCCACCAAAUUGAGCACAGCUUCCCUCUGGGGGCUUUGGCUCUUGAUCUUCAGCUUGUAGGUCACUUUUGGCGAAAAAAAGCCUAUCACAAAUCAGUGCUUUAACAUCCAAGUUGAAGUUUAGUCUUUUGGCUGCUGCUCUUUAAUCUUCCUCUACUAGGAAUGCAGUCCAAGGAAUACAAAAGCUCUGGUUGUUAGGAAACCAUGGUUAUUUUCAUGUCCUUGGAACAACAGGUCUCUACAGUUAUGUUCCAAAAUAGUUUUUUUUUUUACUGUCAUUUAAAAUAUAUUACCCAAUACUAACUUUACAAUUUUUCAACAAUACCAAUUCUCAGAUUUUUUAUUUAAAAAAUUUGUUUUGGUUGCCUGGUUUUAUGUUCUCCAGAUUUAUUGAUGUCUAUUUUAUGGUAUCUAUUUGUAUAUUCUUUUCUUUAAAACUGUUACUUAGUGUUUGCUUUGUUUUGUUAAGAGCUCUAAGGGAUUUCCUAGAAUUCUCUACAGAUUCCCCCUAGCUGCCUAUUUCUAGCUUUUUAAUUUGGCUGUGGUUGAGCCCAUUAGCCAUUAUUAUAUUCUCUGCUUAUUUCAGAAAUAUUAUCAUUCAUAUUAUCUUAAUAAUUUUGAGUUCUAAGGUGUAAAGAAUUGGCAAAGCCUCUUCUGGCAGACCUUAAAACAAGUUUUAAAGUUACAUAUUUGUACAUCUACUACAUAAUACCUACUUAGCCAUUAGUUCAGUCCUUUUGGGUAAAAGGUAGCAUUAAAAAAUAUGGGGGCCAAUAAUGCACUUGUUUCUAUCAUAUAUAUAUCUCCACAUAUGUAUGUAUAUUUUUUAAAAUUUGGCAUUCACUUCAGCUAUUGAAUAUAGAUCUACUAAACAGUUUUGAUGCUAUUAUUUUCUUUCAAUGAAAAAUGUAUUAUUUAAGUGCCUCAGGAAUUAUUUACUAAUAAAGAAUUAACAUGAAAGCUGUAGAUUUGAUCAUAUAAAUAGGAGCACUGCUUUAAUUGUUAUAUAGAAGCCUUAUUAUUUCAGCCUGCAGACUGACAGCUACUUAGUACAUCUUGCGUUUUCUCCUCUGGCACAAUUGUAAGGUCACUUUACUAUAUCAAUUUCUUGAAAUUUAAAGAUAGCAAAAUGCCUUUUGUGAUUUUAGUUGCCAUAAGGAUAGACAGUCUCUGAAACUAAGACUCAAAAAGUAUUUUUUUAUUCUAAAAUGAGAACUUCUUCAGGUUUACUUUGAAUCAUUUAAAUCUAAUUUAGAUAACUACUUAUUCUGUAAUGUGUUCCUUGCAAUUAAUAAUCAAAACAGUUGAAUCCAUUAAUUUUAAAUUUCUACUAUAAAUGAAUGAUUUUUCCAAAAGCUCUGAAAGUUACUUUAUUUCUUGGUAAGAGUACAUACUGGUGAUAUGCUAAUUGUUAUUUCCUUAUUUGACUCUAGGAAGUAUUGUCAUUUACCCUCUCUCUACUCAACUUUUUAAAAUACUUUUAUGUUUUUCCCAGAAACAACAGCUUCUUUCCGUUUUUAACCUAAGUUCCUUUUUCAUUUACAGAUAUUUGCUCUACCUUGGUUGUAGUUCAAAAACAUGAUCAACUACAUUCUUGAUAUAAUAAUGUAGAGUACUACCUUGUGCUCUUCUUUAGGACUCUAUUGUAUCAUAUUACCAAGUGCAUACCCUUUAAAGUUCUAUUGCAUGUAACUUCGUUUUUAAAAAUUUUUUAAUAGAACAUUUAAGGCAGUUAGUACAAAACUUGCUUUUUAUAGGCAGUUGGUUGAAUUUUAAUUUUGUAAUAAUGAGUUUUAGCUUGAGUCGGAUCCCUCCUUAACCAUCAAGUUAUUCUAAAUAGUUUAUUCACCUGACCAGAAAUUGCCAUUUCAUGCCUGUGUGCUUCUGGUUACCACUGAAUAAAAAGUGAGAUUGGUUUAGUUUGAGUCCAUCACCAUUCUUGGAAAAAAUUACUCCUAAACUACAGAGACUUGAAAUCUUGCCAUGUUCUUCUUACAUUUUGGCAAAACACCCGGCUUCUUUGGGCCUUACUUAUUUAUUCAGUGACUCUUUCUUGAACACCUGCUUUGUGCCUGCCUGACACUGAUCUAUGUGCUAGAAAAAUACUGAACUCUCUGCUUUCAUGGAGCUUUCAUUUUAGUAAGGAAGACAAUAAAAAGUAAAUAAAAUAUAUAGUAUGUUAGAUUGUGGUCAGUACUAUGGAGAAAAUUAAGUAGGGUAGGUAGAUAAGAAGAACAGUGUGGGAGUUCAGAGGCUGCCAGUUAAAAUUUGGUGGUUAGGGGAGGCCUCACUGAGAGAUCACAUUUGAGUAAGAACCCAGGAUGAGGUCCUUGGUUGGUUUGGCUGCAAAUGAGUGAGCAAGAGGGAGAAUAAUAGGAGACGGACCCUGUGAGGUAAUGUAGGCCAUGUGUAUGGAAACUUAGAGAUUGUUGUAAGGAAUUUGGCUUACAUGAGAGAAGCCAUUAGAGGAUUUUGAAUAUAGUAUUAUUGCAUAACCUCAAUAAAAAACCCGCAAUUAACAAAAAACUUAAAUAUAGCCCCUGUUUAGAAAAUAAACUGUAGAAGACCAAGGGCAGAAUCAGGGAGAUUAGUUAGAGGUCUCUAGUAAUAAUAAUUCAGGUAGUCUUAGGCUAGGCUAGGCUGCUAACAGUAUAAGUGUAGGAGGUUUGAUUUUGCAAAUAUUUUGAAUUUGUUGAUGGUUUGGAUGUGAGGUAUAAGAGAAAGUACUAAGGGUGAUUCCACAGUUAUUUGUCUGAGCAACUGGAAAGAUGGCAUUGAUACUAACUCAGAUGGGGGAGACUAAAAAAAAAAAACAGAUUUGGGAGGGAAGAUGAGGACUUUGAGACAUGUUUUAGUUUGAGAUACGUGUUGACAUCAAGUGGAGAUGUCAUAGUCAUUCACCUGUAGAAAUUUGGGGAAGUCUUCCAGGCUGUAAAUAUCAUUUAACAUUUUUAUGUAUCAUGGGAAUGAAUACAAGCAAACAUUAGGGAAAUCUGAAAAAAGGUUAAUGUACUGUAUUACUGUCAAUAUCCUGGUUAUGAUUUUGUACUAUUAUUUAGUAAAAUGUUGUCAUUGGGGGAAACUAGACAAAGGAUACAUUGAAUCCCUGUAUAUAUUUCUUACAGCUACAUGUGUGAGUAUACAAUUGUCCCAAAAUGAAAAUUCGUCAAAAAAGUCCUGGAACUUGAUGAAAUCACCAAGGGAUGCAGUAAAGAUGGAGAAAAGUCAAAAGGAAGGUCUGGGGAAUUUAAUAAUAAAGGAUUAGGGAGAGAAAAAGGAAUUGGCAAAGGAAGCUAAGAAGGAAUGGCCAAUGAUGUGGGAGGAACACUAGAAUGAUGUCCUUUGAGCCUCAGUUACCCUCUUUCUAAAAUGUGAGUGCUAACUUGUUCUAGAGUUCCGGGAUUCUGUUAUUCAAUAUUGACUAUACCUAUAUGUCAUUAUUUAUUCCUAUGAGAAGAUGAGUUUAGAAUGCUACAUAUCCUUAUCCCCAGUAGCAACAAGAGGGACUCUCUUGACUCUGAAAAAAUUAAAUGUCAUGUUCAACUCUACAUUAUACUCUUGUAAAAAUAAUUCUUACAUUUCUAUAAAAGAAGGUAACUAAGUCAGUGUUUCUCAAACUAAUGUCCAUAAUUUAUUUAUAAAUUUUCUGAGGGAAAAAAUUUUUAUGAUUAGGCAAGUUUAGGAAAGGCAAGUUAAAGCUAAAUCUUUUCUUUACUGUGGGGUUUUUCAUGCUGUAUGUGGCCUGUGAAUGUCUAAGAAUGUUUAUUUGGCCUUGGAAUUUUCCUUCAAUAGUUACUAACUUCUUGGCAUAAAUCUCCAUAUAAUAAGUGUGUAGAAUGCUGAUCUAGAGGAAUCAUUCUUCAGACUUUCUGAAUUUGGAAAAAAAAGUCACUUGUUUGACAAAGAUGUACUCCUAGGCAUUUCAUUCAUGUUUGUGAAUCAUUUGUAAGGUGGAAUAUGUAACUGGAUGCUAGCAAUGUGAAUUUUCAUAUUUGUAGAAUUUAUAUUAAAAAGCCAGUAUCCUCAUUAGUAUGUUUAUAAAAUCUAAGAAAUACGUAACAGUGACAAGCCAGUUAUUAGUUCAUUCUGCCUCUGACUGUAGCAACAGGGGAUGUUUUUGUUGGAGGGUAUUACCAGUUACUUUACAUGAUUUCCCGCUAAGAUGCUUAAUAAUAUCUCAUAUUUAUUUCUAGCUCCUCACUGUAACUCUUUAUGCUUAGCUUUUCAGUCUUUUUAUUUAUUUAUCUUUAUUUUGGUAUCAUUAAUCUACAAUUCC